ACCCCGCCCCGCGCCGCUCCGUGUCUCGGUCCCGGCCGCAAUUCCUGCUGCGCCACAGCCAUGGCGGCGCUGACGGUGAAAGCCUACCUGCUGGGCAAGGAGGAGGCGGCCCGCGAGAUCCGCCGCUUCACGCUGCCGCCGCCCGCUCGCUACCGGGCCAUCUACGACCGUGUCGCCGAGCUCUUCCAGGGGCUGCUGCGGGCCGGGCCGCCGCCCGCCUUCCGCAUGCACUACAAGGAUGAGGACGGGGACCUGAUCGCUUUUUCCAGCGACGAGGAGCUGGAGUUGGCGAUGCCCUACGUGCGGGAUGGCGUGUUCCGUGUUUAUAUCAAAGAGAAGAAGGAGUGCAAGCGGGAGCACCGCUCGCAGUGCAGCCAGGAGCCGCCCCGCAACAUGGUGCACCCCAACGUCAUCUGUGAUGGCUGUGAGGGACCUGUGGUGGGGACCAGGUUCAAGUGCAGUGUCUGUCCAGACUAUGACCUGUGCAGCACCUGUGAGGGGAAGGGCAUCCACAAGGAGCACAACAUGGUGAUGUUCCAAAGCCCACUGCUUAAUCCAUUUGAGUGGAUUCCCCGAGGACGCUGGCUCCGUAAAAUGCGCCAUGGUGUUCCACCUUUCCCAUGGAUGCACUGCUGGGGGUAUCCUGGGCCUGCAGCUCCCUGCCAGAACUCGGAGCAAGCUGAAGCCACCGCUGAAGCCACCACUGCAGCCCCCAGUGCACCUGCUGCAGAAGAAGCUUCUACUAACAGCCAGCCUCAGGACCCCAAUGUCACCUUCCUAAAGAAUGUUGGGGAGAGUGUUGCAGCUUUUCUGAGUCCCCUGGGUAUUGAAGUUGAUAUCGAUGUGGAACACGGAGGACAGAGAAGCAAAGUGACUCCCACUUCUGCCAACCAAGAGAAGACCGGUGCUGAGGCAACCAGCAGUGCUCCAACCCAGAAUGUUCAGACCAAAGCAGACUGGAAUAACACAGAGUCUGCUACACAAGUAAAUGUCAUUGCAGAACAGAUGCAAGACAUGGUGGUAGAUUCUGUGCCCACACAAAUGGAAGAUGGCAGCUUCCACUCCCAGGAACACACUGAGUCUAGCAGUUCAUCAGGGGGCGAGGAGGACUGGACCCACUUAUCAUCCAAAGAAGUGGAUCCUUCCACAGGUGAACUGCAGUCUCUGCAAAUGCCAGACACAGACGGUCCCAGCUCCCUGGAUGUGCCUCGGGAUCCUCCCCAGCCAGGACCUACAGGACUGCGAGAAGCUGCUCUCUACCCACACCUGCCCCCAGAAGCUGAGCCUCGCCUCAUUGAGUCUCUGUCCCAGAUGCUCUCCAUGGGUUUCUCCGAUGAGGGUGGAUGGCUCACUCAGCUCCUGCAGAUCAAGAACUGCGACAUUGGGGCAGCACUGGAUGCCAUCCAGUAUUCUAAGCAGCCACCUCACUUGUAGUAGUAACAAAAACCACUUUUCUAGCUGAAAGCAGAUAAUGCAGCAUUGAGCUAUUGUGGUUCAUCAUUUUUCCUACUCUGGAUUUCUGUCUCACAUUCUUACGUGCUUGUAGAAUGGAGGAAAAAUAAAUACUACUGCAUGUCA